AUGAAAGCUUUAAUCCUGAGUGUACUCAUCCUGGCCUUUGCCAUUUGUUUCCAGUUCAGUGAGAGUCAGCAAUCACGACGCCAGGCCACAAGGAAGACAAUUAAUAGCCCAGUAAUCAACAGCUCCCCUGCCAGGACAUCACGGAGCAGAUCUCCAUCCACCCAGCCCAUUGGGAAACUUCAAGCCCAUUCUCAUGCCUCUGCCCCACAUGUCCAUAGAUCCUUCCCAAGAGCUCUAUCACCACAUUUCAGUACUCAAAAAUCAAAGUCUUUAUCUUCUAGGGCCGCAUCCCUUCCUGUACUGACUAACAGAGCAGCCAUCCAAUUAUCCUCAAAAUCUAGGACAUCAAGUAAAAAGAAAAACUCUGGCCAGCCAUCACAAAGACAAGCUCUGCAAGUCAAACCUAAUAAAAGUUCAUUGAUCUCUACCAAGACAGGGUUGAAUCCCCCUCCACCUAGUCAAACAGGACAAAUCAUCCCACUUAAAGCAAGCAAAACUUUCAAACAGCUUAAAAAAAUUCAACACACAACUGCCAAGAAAUUGUCAAAACGGACUGCAGCAAUACUAAAAGCAUCUUCAGCUACAAAGAAAAGUCAAAAAAAAUCCACAAAAAUCCAGUCUACACCUGCUAAGACACAAUUAAAACAACCCAUAAUUAGAACAGCUCCAAAAACAUCUCCACCUAAGAAGAAAUCUCUAAAGACUUCUAAAACAGCCUUUUAUACAUCAUCCAAAAAACAAUCAUCUAGGUCCACAGCAAUAAAAGCUUCCCCUAAAAUUUCUUCAACCCCCCAAAAGAGACCAGCUAAAUCUAAAAACACCCUGUCUUCAUCUGCAAAGAAAAAAUUGAAUCAGGCAAUAGGAAAUAAAGCAGGCUCCAAAAAAACUUUAGCCAAAAAGAAAACUCAAAAUAAACAGUUAACUCCAGUCACAAAAGGGUCAACUACGGCAGCACUAACAAGGGCAUCUUCCAAAGCCCAAAAGAAAAAUCUAACUAAAUCCAAAAAUAUAGCACCUACACCUACCAAGAAAAAGUUCACUCGGCCAGCAGCAAUUGCAACAAAAAGGAAGAUGUCUACAGCCAAGACUAAAGUGUUAAAGAAACCUCAAAAAACCUAUAGUGCACCUGCCACGAAACAAGUGAAUCUGCCUAAAGCACUUCAAUCAACACGAAACACACAACCAGCCUCUAAGAAAAGACCAAAUAAAUCUAAAACCUCCUUAUUUAAAAGUGCCAGGAGGUGGUCCAGUCAGGCAAAAGACAGCAUACAUCCAGUUCCGAAAAACACUCUAAUCAAAAAGAAAAACCUAAAAAAUUCCAAACUUGCUUGGUCUACACCAGCAAAGAAACAGCAGAAUCAGGUAAGUCCAGCCAAAUCGGGUAUAAAAGCAGCUCUGGUCAAAAAGAAAAAUAUAAAGAAACCUCAAGAAUCUUUAUUUAAAUCUACCAGUAGACAACAAAAACAGUCACUAGCAGAGCCAAAAACAUCUGGAACAACUAGUAAAACUCUAAAAAAUACUAAAAAGAAGCUAUCGACACCUGCCAAAAAACUGUUAGAUCAGCUUAAAUCCACUCAAGCAGGACUAAAAAGAUCUGUAGCAAAGAAGAAAAUCCAAAAGAAAUCUAUACCUGCCAAAAAACAACAGAAAUGGGCCACAGCAGGUAUUAAGACUGCAAAAACACGUCCUAAAAAGACUACAUCUAUAAAAUCAUCUAAAAAAAGACAGGUCACCUCUCUAACUGGAAAUAAAAGGCCAAGUAAAUUCAAAAAGAGACAGUCUAAACCUUCUAAGAAAGGUGUGAAUCAGCUUAAAGCCCUUCAAGGGGUAAAAAGACAAACUCCCUUAGCAGGCAAAAUUGUAAAACCAUCUAAAAAAAGGAAAUCUACACUUGCCAAAAAAAGGUUAAAAUCAUCUAAACCAAAAGGAUCUAAAUCUGGUCAAGCUGCACGGAAAAAGCGUCCAAAAAGGAAAAGGAAACCUUUGCAGAAACCAAUUCUAUCACACCCACAUGCCUCUAAACGCCCUGCAUGUCCACAUGCUAAGUAUUCAUUUCAUCCAACUAAACUUCCUUUUGCACGACCAAAUCCAGCAUAUAGGUGCUCAUUCAAGACUCAUGGAGUACACCCAUUUCAACCAAGGCCAUGGCCAAACACCCCACAUUCCCAUGCACACCAGCCUCAUCAUCACCAACCUCAUUCAGCUCAUAAACCACCCUCCCGUAAACCAAAACCUCAGACAAAUCCAACAGUCAUUACAACCCAGCGUCCUGACUUAACCGAUAGCUUGACUGGUACAAUCACCGCAGUACCUGGAGCUACUACUACUUUAACCACUAUCACUAGUACUAUAUCCAACAGCAAAAUGUCUGUGUCGGUUGCCCCAAAUAGUGCAACUGCUACGACCACUGAGGGAUCACAUGCAGCCACUAGAAUGCCUGAAGCCCAAUCCCCAACCACUGCCAUCACAAUCCCAGUAACAACAACCACUAACUCAGCAAAAGAUGGUAUAUCUACAGAGCCUGGGUCCACUGCAAUUGUCCCAGCAUCUGUGACAGCCUCAGGGUCACCUUCAGUGAAAUCCACACCCCAAGAGUCUACAGCUUCCAGUGCCACAGCCUCCACAAACCCAGGGGCUGGCUCCACAGCCCUCCCAGUCUCUGCCUCCACCAUGACAUCUGAUCUGACCACAGAGAACUUGGAAGCUGAAGAAAACACAACAGAUGAUGCCACUUUCCCAGCCACAGAUGAUUCCACCACUCAAGCCACCUCUACAACUUCAGCACACAAAGAUACCACAUCCCCUGCCAUUUCUGCCACCAGUGCCACAGCCACAACCUCCACACUUGGUGAGGCCACAACUCUAGGGAUUGGUGCCACCACCAAUGGGGCUACCUCAUCGUCAGCCAGUGCUGCCACAACUUUUGCUUCUGCUGCUACAGAAACACCUGGAACGUCUACCACUGCUUCUGCUGGUUCUGUGACAACAACUGCAUCAGGUGUCGCAACCACAAACGCACCUGGUGCCACAACCACAGUUGCACCAAAUUCUAGAACCACCGCUGCACUUGGCACUGCCACCACAGCUGCAUCGAGUGCUGCCAUCACACCAGUGGAUGAGGCCACCACUCGAAUAGCAGAUGACACAAUCAGUGAUGCCACUACCUCAACCGACGAGGAAACCACUGAGUCAGCAGACGAUACAACCAUUGGAGCUGCCACCACAACACCACCUGAUGGAGUCAUAACUGGUGCAACUGACUCUGGAAUCUUAGAAGCAAAUGUCACAUCCAUUGUUAUGACCACAACUGCUGGAUCCUCAACCACAGCACCUGUGGGAACAAUUGCCACAAUUGAAGCAACAUCUUCAAACUCAGGGAUGGAUACCACCAUCAGUGGUAUGGCUACAACUUCAGCCACCAGUGAUACAACUGCUGCUGCCAGCACAACUGUAGCAGGUGCUGCCACAACUGAACAAGGUGCUACCACUUCAACCCCUGGGGCUUCUGUGUCCACUGCUGAGCCUGGUGUGUUGAUCACCCCAAGCAAAACCACCACCCAGACUUCUGGAGCUACAACCAUAGAGGAGAAGGCUACCUCAGAACCAGCAGGUAACACAACAACUGAGACUGUCACCACUCCAGCCGAAGAUGCCACAACUCCACCUACUAAUGCCACAACCCCUUCAGCUGACUCCACAACCUUAGAAGCAGGCGCCACAUCUAUGGCUACUACUGCAACAGUGGCUUCAUCUACAGCCUUAAUUCCUGUAGCAGCCACUACUGCAACAGCUGCAGCCUCCACAAGUAUUGGGACCACACUGUCAGCCGUGGGUGCCACAACUAUCGGCAGUAUGAGUGUACCAGGCACUACCACCACAGUUCCAGUCGCUCUUACCUCCACUGCUGAGCCUGGUUCUUCACCUACUGAAACUACAACCCCAGUGGAUGAGACCACAACUGAAGCAAUAGGAAAUACCACUCCUGAAGUUGCCACAACUCCAACAGGUUCCAUCUCUACCACUAUAUCUGACGCUUUAACCACUGAAUUGGACUCUACCAUCUCAGAACCUGAACCAACUAUCUUCACUGAUGAGGUCACUACUGACUCAGAAAAUGAUACCACUCUCCCUGCAACAGAGGCCACAAGUGCUACAGCUGCCACAACUACAUCUGCAGGAUCCACAGAACCCCCUGGGUUUUCCACACCUGCAGCAAAUGCUACCACUCUACCUCCUGAACGAACUCUCACUGUUCCAGCCAUCACAACAACAGCAGCAACAACCACACCUGAAGCUAACUCCAUCACCACCGCCCCAGUGGCAGCCACCAGUCCCACGAGCGCAGUCAUCGCAAACACAGCCUCAGCUGGGACCACGUCUACUACUAUUAGCAGCACAGCACCUGCUACUACAGCCACAGCCAAUACUCCUACAACUGUUAUUAACGCUACUUCCUCACAGUGA